CGAACAACCUGGUCUGUGCUGCUGUGAAAUUCCGAUUUCGACCAGUCCGUAAAACUAAAAAUUUAUUGUUCAUUGUAUUGAUGUAAAUUUGUAAAAAGUAACAAAAUGGUAUUAUAAAAUCUUAAAAUACGUCAUUCUUCUGCUGUAGGCGAUAUUGUGGUGAUAUAAUUUCGACAAUCAUAUGCACAGUUUUGUAUUUAGUGAUUUAAGUGAGAAAGUUCAGUGCGAGUGCAAGCAAGGGUGGUAACGAGAAAUGUGAAGUAGUAUCUAUGAAGUUCAAGAUUGGGCCGUUUAUUUUAUAUCUUUAAUAAUGAGCGGGCGCCCUAGGACCACGUCAUUCGCCGAGGGCAGCAAAUCCGUUCGAAAGACAUUUGAAAAUCAACCACCUAAACCACCUUUAGGAGGAGUAAAAAUUAGUAGCGAAGUGGAUACGCUUAAAAAGAACGAGCUGACAUCGGAUAAGAAAGGAUCUGGCUCCCAUCGCAAGGACGGCUCAAAGGUGACGACUGUAGUGGCGACGCCGGGGCAAGGCCCCGACCGGCCCCAAGAAGUGAGCUAUGCGGACAUGAAGCUAAUUGGCAAUGGAAGCUUCGGCGUUGUCUAUCAGGCCAAGCUUUGCGACACCGGUGAGCUGAUUGCCAUCAAAAAGGUGCUCCAGGACAAAAGGUUUAAGAACCGAGAGCUUCAAAUAAUGCGAAGACUGGAGCAUUGUAAUAUCGUUAAAUUGAAAUACUUCUUUUACUCCAGCGGGGAAAAGGUUGCAGUACCUGAGGCAGUUAGCUCACUGCUAAACGCAAUGCAGUCCCUAGAUGUCACAAAGGAUGAAGUGUACCUGAACCUGGUGCUGGAGUACAUCCCCGAGACCGUGUACAAGGUCGCGCGUCACUACUCCAAAGAUGAACAGACCAUACCAAUUAGUUUUAUAAAGCUAUACAUGUACCAGUUGUUCAGAAGCCUUGCAUACAUCCACUCACUGGGGAUCUGUCACCGAGACAUCAAGCCCCAAAAUCUGCUGUUGGACCCCAAAACUGGAGUCCUCAAAUUGUGCGACUUUGGGUCAGCGAAGCACUUGGUGAGGGGUGAGCCGAACGUGUCCUACAUCUGCUCGAGAUAUUACCGUGCGCCCGAACUUAUCUUUGGAGCGACUGACUACACUACUAAAAUUGAUGUGUGGAGCGCGGGCUGCGUGGUAGCCGAGUUGUUGCUAGGCCAACCAAUAUUCCCUGGAGAUUCGGGAGUUGAUCAACUGGUGGAGAUCAUUAAGGUCUUGGGUACACCUACGCGGGAGCAGAUUCGCGAAAUGAAUCCCAACUACACAGAAUUCAAAUUUCCACAGAUCAAGAGUCAUCCAUGGGCAAAGGUAUUCCGUGCGUGCACCCCACCGGACGCAAUAUCGCUGGUUUCGCGUCUGUUAGAAUAUACGCCAGGGGCGCGUCUCUCUCCACUCCAGGCGUGCGCUCACAGUUUCUUUGACGAAUUGCGUGAAGCGAGCGCAAGACUUCCCAACGGACGUCCUUUACCGCCAUUGUUCAACUUUACGGAUUAUGAGUUGUCUAUUCAGCCUUCGUUAAAUGACUUCUUGAAGCCACGCGCGGCUGCUACAGAAGCUGCGGCUACAACGCAUGAACAUGACGCCCAUGGUGAAAAUGCAGCAGCGAGCGGCACUAGCGGCGGCUCCCCAAGCGCAUCGUAGACACACAUUUGACGAGCGUCGCCUACGUAAAUACAACCAAUAGCCGAUAAUUAUAAAUCGCUUUGAGGCUAUCUGCCCUGGCCCAAAAUUUUUAUAUAUUAGCCUUUUUACACCCUUUGCUAUACAUUAAACAAGCGUGUUUUCUUAAAUUUUGAUAUAACCAAUAUAGCAUCGUACAAAAUUUUUGUGUGAAAAUUAUUCAUAUGGUUCCAAAUAAUACAAAAAACAAAUUUGUUUAAAUUUCAUUUUUUAUGCAAAUCCGUAAACUACAGAUAUUAAUUACUCCAUGAUAGUGACAGCAGAUUAUAAAUUUGAUUCAUUGAUUGGUUAUAUAUGACAUCUAGGAUCAAUGUCAAAUGUCAAAUUCAUUCAUAUUCGUUCGAGUUUAGUAAAUUUCUACUGUACGAGUUAAUUUUUGAUCAAAAUACGACGAAAUACGGGCUACUGUAAGCGUCUGUUUUAAAUAUCUAAAUUUAGUGAAGUCUUGAAAAUUGACACUGUUAGUGCCAAGUGUUAGCUUGACCGACAGUGUUGCCAACUGGCAAAUUUUAAAAUUGAAAUUAAUUUAGUUCUGACAAUUUAAUUAUUUUGACGAAGUAUAAAAAUGGGCAAAUCUGUGUCAGAGUAGCCUCAAUUGGAUUUGUAGUUGCUUUGCUAGAGGUGUUGUGUCGCUUAUUGUAUUUUGCGGACAGAGGUCGAUAAUUUGUACUAAAAGCGAGCGUUUAAUGCACAGACGGAUGUAAGUGAAUAUUUUUUUGGGCUGUUAAAUUUAAUGGGUACUAAAUGUUUAUGAAAUAUAAUUUUUUCGCUUAAACGUGAAUUACAAAGCUGUCUGUGUGCUUCCUCGCUCGGAAUUUAGAUCGAGAAUCGUUUGUACGCUAAUUAGUGAUAGUUAUUUUUUGUGUUGGCCAUCGGGAAAUUUUAAUGCGUAAUAGGUGUGACGUAGCAUAUUUCGAUGAAGCUUGGCAUAGUCGGUAAACGCCUAUUAUAUUAUGCAAUUUUUUGUUUCCUCUUGCACAGAUUACUGAGCUAUUCCUGUGUGGCAUUGUCUCUUUCUAACAUAACUAACAGGAAAGAGAUAGAUGCUCAGUACGUCUAUACGCAUAGGACGAGGAAUUGGCUAAUAUAAUGUAGGCCCAUUAUAGGAGGAUAAAUUUGUAGUAACCCGGUAUAUUACUUUGUACUUUUGUAAGCUCAAAACUACGUUGUGUACAUACCUCUAUACUCGAUUCCGAAAGUUGGUUAACGACAGAUUGUCAUCUGGAUUUAUUUUGUAUAUUCUAAAAUUUUGCGGUAGAUUAAGAACUGUUAGCUACGUAUAGAAUUUCAAUACUGUAUCCAAGAACGCUUUUAACUUAAAGAUCACGGAACAAAAACGUAUUAGUGGUCUAAAGUUUCCAAUAGAAUACUUGAAACUCAGUUUUAUUCUGAUUUUAUUAGCAUAUUAAAAUAUGUAAGACACGUAUCCAAAAUAUAAAUCAAACUUCAAUUUAAAUAAAAGUUAUCAAACUACUUUUGUAAGCUAGAAAAAUCUAUAAAAGCUAUGAAAAAAUCAUAAAAGUGGCCAAAUUUUCGAUUGAUUUACAUUUUUGAAUACGGGCCUUUAAGCUUUUGAUGUACCAUUAAGCGGUGUUGACAAUUCUAUGCGUUUUUGUUAGUCCGUUUUGGCUUUUACGUCAAGUACGAAGGUAGGUAAUCCCGCUUGAGCUGUAGCCCGUAGAGUAAUUGCAUACACUGUCGAACGUACAGACACGUAGUUACGUGCUUUAGACUGUCAACAGUAUCUCGCUCACGAACUGUCAAAAGUACAGACAAAUAGCUCACGUACUGUCAAUUGUCAAAAGUACAGAGAAAGGCUCGCGUAUUGUCAAUUGUCACAAACACGUAAUUACGUGCUUAUUAACUGAAGAACCUGAUUUGCAGACUUUUGUACUUGCUUAUCGAUAUAGCAGACAAUUAUUUCAUCGCAUACAAUGGCAUUGUAAAUUUUUAUGACUAGCGUCUACUGAUCUCUCAAAUAAUUUUAAUAAUUAAUAAUGUCUCAGAAUAUUAUCUAUUGUAUAAACGAUUCAAAGAUUCAAUAGAUAUUUGUUUAACGUAGCGACUUCUAUUUCUUUCGCAGAUUAUCUUCUGGAUAAAUGUAUAUUGCACUGUCUGUGUCCCAUUGUGACGUCAUAGUUUUUCGAUAUUGUAUUCUAUAAAAUAAUCGAUACAUAUUUCUGCUGUGUAAAGUUUAUCAUUGGAAACACUAUAUAAGUAGUCAUUUAUGAGGUAAUAUUAAAUUCAUCGUCAUAGUGUUAAGUAAGGGCGAUUUCGUUUUGCGCUUCGGAGCUGGCGUGUUACAAAUUAGGGGAGGUUUAAGCCUUUUAAUAUAAAGUAACGAACUCUUUUAUUCAUGGUUUAGAUGUAGCUUUAAUUCAAAUAACCUUGGGUGUGAUUUUUCACCUUUAUUUUUCAUUAGUGAAUAGUAUGUGUACAAAUUCGGCAAAAUGUAGCGAAUUUGUAAGUGGGUCUAGUACGAACCGGGGAAGUCACGAGCAAGUAUUGUUGACGAUUUAUUUUGUAUCUAUAUCUACAGACCUGUGUACUAUAAUGAACAUCUGUUGAUUCCCGUCAAACCCAUACGGCCUCGGCCAAGUAUAUAAUACACCUGUAUUACUAUUAUGUAUGUACGUACGUAUAAAUUUCUAGUAUAUUAGGAAUGUAACGCGCUCGGCGCAGAUUUCAAAUCACACAUAGUGGAGCUUAGUUUUCGUCCCUAAGGCUAUUGAUUUGCUGACACACCUUUAUAAUUCGUGUAAAUAUAUUAUUAUAAUUAUUAUCUUUAUGGUAUGACUCUUGAGUAAAGUUAAUCGGUAGAAGGAUUCGCCCGCUCUUACAGUUAGAGCAGCCUCGAGCAGUGCAUACGGCACUUGGAGACGUGUUCGGUAAGGGCCGCGAUAGGUUAGAUACACACUGUAUUUUAUUAAGUCUACCUAUUAUGAAUUUUGUAAUCGACGUUGCUUCUAAAGACCCUCUGUGUAAAAAGUUAAGACACACUAGUGACCUGAUUUUUGAAGCGAUGUUUCUGGAAAAUUUGAACCCGUUUAAAUUGUCACUUUCACGAUUUACGUGCACUUUUACUACUCGAGAAUUUUCAGAAAUACAUACUUCGAAAUGGGGUUGACUUAUAUAAAUUAUUUAAAGUAAAAGAGUUUUUCUUAUUACUAGUACUGUAAUAUUAAAUUUAAUAGUGAGUGAAAUUUGUAUUUUGUUUUAAUUUGAUUUACUGAAUUUGAAUACAUCGUAACACCCAUAUCGUUGUUAGUUAUGAAUGAAAUAACAUAAUUAUAAAAGUAAAUAUUAAAUGAAUAGUA